AUGUUUUCGAGAUUAAACAACGGUCUAAGACUGGGCUACAACUACAGUGUUUGUAUGUUUUCCUAUUUUUAGUCGGUUUAGAGCAAGAAAAAACUGGUGUAAGGUUAGGACUAGUGCUAGGGCCAAGGGUAGAGUUCUGAUUAAGGCGUAUGCAACUGAAAUCAGGUUUAGGCUUUGUCUCAAGCUCAGGCUUAGUCUCAGUUUCAGGGUAAAGGUUAGAAUAUAACUCAGGUUCAGACUCAAGCUGAGGCUAAAGCUAGGACUCAGGCUUAAGCUAAAGAUAAGGUUCAUGCUCAGGCUCAAGCACAGACUCAUGUUCAUGCUUAUCCUCCUGCUCAUGCUUAUGCUCAUGCUCAGGCUCAUGCUCAUGCUCAUGCUCAUGCUCAUGCUCAUGCUUAUGCUCAUGCUCAUGCUCAUGCUCAUGCUCAUGCUCAGGCGCAACCUCAAGCUUAG